UCGCCUGCGCUUCCAUGGUGCGAGGAGUUGAGAACAAAGAGUAAUAAGAGUGAAAAAUGAUGAUGAUGAUCAGACAGUCUACUCAUCCACAUCAAACGGUGCAGGUCCCACCUUGGGAUUUUGUAGACGAUCCAACGGCUGAUAUCCACUCUUCUUUUCCAUGGGGGGGCUCUAACGGCGGCGGCAAUGCCAGCGCUAACGCCGUCAGUCCUGACUCUGGGUUCGACGCCUUGACGGCGCUGCAGCGUUACCUUCCGUCGAAUGUGAACGACGUCGUUUCGGACUCCGACGAGCUUGACGUUCCCGUCGACGCGUUCUCGUGCGAUCAGUUCCGUAUGUAUGAGUUUAAGGUGAGGAAGUGCGCGCGGGGGAGAUCGCAUGACUGGACUGAGUGCCCGUUUGCGCAUCCCGGCGAGAAGGCUCGCCGGAGGGAUCCCCGGAAGUUUCACUAUUCCGGGACGGCGUGCCCGGAGUUUAGGAAGGGGCAGUGUAAGAACGGAGACGCGUGUGAGUACGCGCACGGCGUGUUUGAGUGCUGGCUACACCCGGCGCGUUACCGCACGCAGCCUUGCAAGGAUGGGACCCAGUGCCGCCGCCGUGUCUGUUUCUUCGCUCACACUCCCGAUCAGCUCCGCGUUCUUCCUCAAGCGAGCCCCAGGAGCCACCACGCCGCCGAGCCGUGCGACUCCUACGACGGCUCGCCCAGCCGCCGCGCCGGAUUCGAUUCUCUCUUCAAUAAGGCCGCGUUUGGCUCCUACUCCCCUCCGCUUUCUCCCCAGUCCGAGUCUCCCCCUAUGUCCCCCAGCGCUUCCAUUAGUCUCAACUCAGUGAGUGGACUCGUUGAGUCGAUGCGUAACAUGCAGAUUGGGAAGGGCAGAAUGGGCAUAAGCAUGAGCAUGAGCCCACCGUCCUGGGGUCUCCAAAUCGGGUCGCCCCGAAGCCCAUCCACGCUCCGACCCGUUUUCAUGAGCCUCCCCAACACUCCGACCCAAGCACCGACCCGAUCCGGACCCGGCGUCUUUGACCUCUGGGAGACUUCCUGCGAAGAGGAACCGGUAAUGGAGAGAGUGGAAUCCGGAAGAGACCUUCGGGCAAGAAUGUACGCUAGACUGAGCAAGGAGAACUCGCUGCACUGAACCGGGUCGAGUCGGGUUAUCGGAUCGGUAGCCUUUUGGAUCCAUAUUUUGCUUCUGACUCUGUGUGGAUAUUGUGUUUGACUCAAGAUUAAUUCAAGAUUACGCUUGUAAAUAGCGGAAGAUUAGGAGUGCUAAUCUCUAUUUUCUGCGCUGCUUAAUUUCGAGGUAGGAUAAAAAUUGCAUAUUUUGUAUAUUUGUUUUUUCUUUAAAUGUCCCUUUAAUGGCUGCCGAUCAUUUCCAGCUUGUAUCUAAAUUUGGUAAUUUCAAGAAUCAUUUCCCCUAAAAGCUAUAAA